GCUCCGGGACCGGCCUCGCGCGGCCGGGCGGGCGUCGGUGUCGCGGCCGGCGGCGCCGCUCAGGCUCGGGCUGGCCCGGCGCGGCCUCGGGGCUGCCCAUGGGGCGCGGGGGGCCGGGCCGGUGACGCCGGACGCCCAUGGACGCCCCUGCGGGGCCGCUGCCGCCGCUGAUCUACACCAUGGAGAACAAGCCCAUCGUCACCUGUGCUGGAGAUCAGAAUUUAUUUACCUCUGUUUAUCCGACGCUGUCCCAGCAGCUUCCAAGGGAACCGAUGGAAUGGAGACGGUCCUAUGGCCGGGCUCCGAAGAUGAUUCACCUGGAGUCUAACUUUGUUCAGUUCAAGGAGGAGCUGCUGCCUAAGGAAGGGAACAAGGCCCUGCUCACCUUCCCCUUCCUGCACAUCUACUGGACAGAGUGCUGUGAUACUGAAGUGUAUAAAGCUACAGUAAAAGACGACCUUACCAAGUGGCAGAAUGUUCUGAAAGCUCAUAGCUCUGUGGACUGGUUAAUAGUGGUAGUUGAAAAUGAUGCCAAGAAAAAAAACAAAACCAACAUCCUUCCCCGAACUUCUAUUGUGGACAAAAUAAGAAAUGAUUUUUGUAAUAAACAGAGUGACAGGUGUGUCGUGCUCUCCGACCCCUUGAAGGACUCUUCUCGAACUCAGGAAUCCUGGAAUGCCUUCCUGACCAAACUCAGGACAUUGCUUCUUAUGUCUUUUACCAAAAACUUAGGCAAGUUUGAGGAUGACAUGAGAACCUUGAGGGAGAAGAGGACUGAGCCAGGCUGGAGCUUUUGUGAAUAUUUCAUGGUUCAGGAGGAACUUGCCUUUGUUUUUGAGAUGCUGCAGCAGUUUGAAGACGCCCUGGUGCAGUAUGAUGAGCUGGACGCCCUGUUUUCUCAGUAUGUUGUCAACUUUGGUGCUGGGGAUGGUGCCAACUGGCUGACUUUUUUCUGCCAGCCGGUGAAGAGCUGGAAUGGAUUGAUCCUCCGAAAGCCCAUAGAUAUGGAGAAGCGUGAAUUGAUACCGAGGCAAGAAGCCACCCUGUUAGAUCUGCGCAGUUACCUGUUUUCUCGCCAGUGCACCCUGCUCCUCUUCCUGCAGAGGCCGUGGGAGGUGGCUCAGCGCGCCCUAGAGCUGCUGCACAGCUGUGUGCAGGAGCUGAAGCUCUUGGAAGUCUCUGUCCCGCCUGGCGCUCUGGACUGCUGGGUGUUUCUGAGCUGCCUGGAGGUGUUGCAGAGGAUAGAGGGCUGCUGUGACCGGGCGCAGAUAGACUCGAACAUUGCUCACACCGUGGGUUUGUGGAGCUAUGCCACGGAGAAGCUAAAGUCCUUGGGCUAUCUGUGUGGACUUGUGUCCGAAAAAGGACCUAACUCAGAAGACCUCAAUAGGACAGUUGAUCUUUUGGCGGGUUUGGGAGCUGAGCGACCUGAAACAGCCAACACAGCUCAGAGUCCUUAUAAGAAACUCAAAGAAGCAUUAUCAUCAGUAGAAGCUUUUGAAAAACACUACUUAGAUUUGUCCCACGCUACCAUGGAAAUGUGCACAAGUAUCGGGAGGGCUCGGUCUGCUAAGCUCGUUGGGAAGGACCUGGCAGAGUUUUACAUGAGGAAAAAGUCUCCACAAAAGGCAGAAAUGUAUCUUCAAGGAGCAUUGAAAAAUUACCUGGCUGAGGGCUGGGCACUGCCUAUCACACACACAAGGAAGCAACUAGCCGAAUGUCAAAAACACCUGGGACAAAUUGAAAACUACCUUCAGACCAGCAGCCUCUUAGCCAGCGAUCGCCACUUAACUGAAGAGGAACGGAAAUACUUCUGCCAGGAGAUACUCAGCUUUGCCAGCCAACAGACAGUGAGCCCAGGUCACAAAAUAGUCCUCCCUAUGCAGUCUUUUGCACAACUGAGAGAUCUCCAUUUUACCCCUUCCACUGCGGUGGUCCACGUGGGCGGUGUUUUGUCCGUGGAGAUAACCAUCUGCAGUCAGAUGCCUGUCCCUGUCCGCGUGGAGCAGAUUGCCAUCAGCGUCCACUUCAGCAUUGAGAAGAACAGCUACCGGAAGACAGCUGAGUGGCUUACCAAGCACAAGGCAUCCAAUGGGGUCAUUCACUUUCCGACGGAGCCCUCGCCUUUCCCCGCAGCCCAGAACAGCUUACCGGCCCUGGAGCUAUACGAGAUGUUUGAGAGAAGUCCUUCCGAUAAUUCCUUGCACACGACAGGGAUCAUAUGCAAAAACGUUCACAUGCUCCUGAGAAGGCAGGAAAGCAGCGCCUCUCUGGAUGCGCCCUCAGGUGUGGCCCUGGAGGACGGGGCCCACGUGCUAAAGUGUAGCAGUGUGACUCUGGAGCCAGGGGCCAAUACGAUAACGUUCAGGACGCAGGCCAAGGAGCCGGGAACAUACACGCUGCGGCAGCUGAGCGCCUCGGUGGGCCCGGUGUGGUUUGUGCUCCCUCACAUCUACCCCCUGGUGCAGUACGACGUGUACUCCCAGGAGCCGCAGCUGCACGUGGAGCCGCUCGCUGAUAGCCUUUUGGCUGGUAUUCCUCAGAAGGUCAAGUUCACUGUCACUACUGGUCAUUACACAGUAAAAAACGGGGACAGCCUCCAGCUCAGCAACGCGGAAGCCAUGUUCAUCCUGUGUCACGCAGAGAACAGAGCAAUGAUCUAUUCUAACACGAGAGAAAAAGCUUCUGAUGCAUCAUUCCGGGUGCAGUCCUCUGACAAGGUCACAAGCAUCAGUCUGCCUGCUGCGCCUGCAUACCACAUGAUCGAAUUUGAACUGGAAGUUCUCUCUUUACCUUCAGCUCCAGCAAGUGGAGGGGAAAGCAGUGUGCUGGGGGUAACUGAGCCCCAUAGGAAGCAUAAGGACACGCAGAAAGCUGGCCACUGCAUGGCUACCACGGACCACAAAGUGUCCAUCGAUUGCCCAUGGUCCAUCUACUCCACCGUCAUCGCACUGACCUUCAGCGUACCCUUCAGGACCAGACACUCUUUGCUGUCAGCCGGAACACGGAAGUAUGUUCAAGUUUGUGUCCAGAAUUUGUCAGAACUUGACUUUCAGCUGUCAGAUAGUAAACUUGUAGAUACCGGUGAUGGUACCGACCUGCAACUAAUUCCGCUAAACACGAAAUCCCAGCAGCGCAUCUCCAGCAAGCAGUCGGUGUUCUUUGUCUGGGAGUUGCAGUGGACCCAGGAGCCUCCCCCGUCUCUGCAUUGCCGCUUCUCCGUGGGAUUCUCCCCGGCUGCUGAGGAACGCCUGUCUAUCUCCUUAAAGCCGUAUACUUACGAAUUUCAAGUCGAAAAUUUUUUUACAUUAUAUAACGUGAAAGCGGAGAUACUGCCCCCUUCGGGGGCAGAGCACUGUAAGACCGGCUCGCUCUGCUCCCUGGAGGUGUCCAUCACGCGGCUCUCGGGCCUCUUGGAGGUGGAUAAGGAUGAGGCCCUGAUGGAAUCCGACGAGUACUUCUCCACCAAGCUGAUGUACGAAGUUGUUGACAACAGCAGCAAUUGGGCAGUGUGUGGGAAAAGUUCUGGCGUCAUCUCCAUGCCUGUGGCCGCGCAGGCCACUCACAGAGUCCACAUGGAGGUGAUGCCCCUCUUCGCAGGCUACCUCCCCCUUCCCGAUGUCAGGCUGUUUAAGUACCUCCCCCAUCAUUCUGCGCACUCCUCACAGCUGGAUGCUGAUAGCUGGAUAGAGAACGACAGCCUGUCGGUGGACAAGCACGUGGAUGACCAGCUGGACAGCAGCAGCGUCAAGAGCAGGGGCAGUGUGCACUCAGCCGCCAGCAGCGAGCACAAAGGCUUGCCCAUGCCCCGGCUCCAGGCGCUGCCGCCCGGCCAGGUCUUCAACGCCAGCACAGGCAUGCAGAUCCUGGUCCUCCCCAGCAAAGACGACCAUGUCCUCGAAGUCAGCGUCACAUGACCAGGCCUCGGGCUAACACAUGCCCCAGACCUGGUGUGAGUGCACUUGAAGGGAUCCUGACUCGCCUGUUCUCCAGUCUAACAGUUAGCUCUGACCAGACUUGGGGAUUCUGCCUGGCCAUGGACGCAUCAGAGAAUUUCAGUGUACCGCUGGUCAGCUGAGUUACAUUGCUAUUUCUGUGUUGUCUGUGGUGUCAGAUUACAUGUUGUUUUCUCAUCUCCCUGGUGUCCUCCGUGUGCCCAGAGCCCCACUUCCUGACGUCACUCCCUCCCGGCUCGUGAAAGACCCCUGAGUGGUCUCACCAGAGCAGCCUCAGUCUGCUGGUCUUGGUGGAAGUCCCUGUGUCUUUCACGUGGACACAGCAGGCUUUGUAGUACUAUUAGUGACACGCGUGUGCCUUCCUGGUCACACGGCUGCCCAAUUUCUGGACCAGAUGGAUUGGUGAGUCUCCUGAGGAGUAAAACACAGUCCUUUACCACACAUCAUCUAGUUGUGUUUUCUAGAAUAACACCCUUUUAGGGCAGGUGGGUGGGCUGAGGGGUGGGAUGGGGAGGGAACGUGACCCCUUCUGUGCCUUGGGAUGUCACACUGAGCGGGCCUGGGACCUCCAUGCGCUGGAGCCAUUUGGAAGGUACUUGAAGCAGACUAGACAAGGGCGUAAGGAACACCUCAUUAUUGAAAGAGGUUAGGAGUAAAUGUUUCUGCAACCCUUUUUCCCCGUAAUGUUGAUUGAAUAUCAUAUGCACUUGGAAUUAAAUAUAUAUUUAUUUUAAUUAUCAUUAUAUAUGUGAGGGUUAAUGUGUUGUUUUUCUCUUACCUUUAAACCUAAAGUCUUUACGUGUAAUUGUAACUGUAUAAUCAAUAUUUUUCUUUUGCACCUUAAAUCUUAGUGAUUAAGAGGUUCAAAUGAAGAUGAGAAGGGUCCUCUCAGUGUAUUUCUAGUCUGACGAAAGUCUUGGAAUGUUCUCUGCUGGUCCACUAAAUUGCAGUCACACCAUCCCAACAGAUGAAUUUGCUUUUGGUUGUAAAUUUAAUUGUACAUAUGGUUGAUUUAUUAUUUUUAAAAGUACAAACUAACUGAUGUAAUGUUUAUGUAUAAGUCACACCAAAAAUUAAGGACAAAAUAAAUGUGUGUUUGUUUUUACUGGUGUGAAAGUCACAGCUUGUAAAUAAGUGUUGUAUGUAUUAAACCUUUUCCAGCUCUCCAAAGCGAUGUAUUUUUGUACAUAUGAAAAAGAGAACUCUUAAUUCACUGGGAAAGUGUGGUUGGGAUUGAAUUUGUCUAGAUUAAGGCAAGCAAGUGUAGUCAGGUCCAGCAGAGGCGGGGCCUCGUGUGAAUAACCUCAAGUGUGUGAGCCUCAGAGAGAAAGGAGCUUCCUGCAGCUGUCCUGGCCCUGGCUCGGCUCGCGCCUGCUCGAGAGGCGUGGGGUCCAAAGACACAGUUCAGACUAACAAACAGAGCCGUUGUCCUCACGCUUCUGUGUGUUGUCUUCUAACCUGUUCAACAAUAAAGGUGGUGUGAUUCCCCCCGUGUCUUUUUCAUUUAUAGAAAUUGGAAAAAUGUGUAAAGAAUAAAAAUAUCUGUUUGAACUUUUCAGAAAUUUAUCUUCCUUAUUGUGCAGUUUAAUAAACUUGAUCAACUAGUUAGGCAAAUUAGAACUUCCAAAUCUAAUGAUAGUUUAGCGUUUCUAAAAUGUUUGUUUUAUUGAAAAAAUUGAUGAUUGCCCCACAGAUCUGCCAAGCCCUGUGAAUGAAGGGAUGUUUGAGACUUGACGCAGAAAAGCCUCUAACCCGCGUGGUGAGCCUUGGAGCCUGGGAACGACCCCUUCCUGGAUAUACAGGGUCACUUUCCCUCUCCCCUUCUGGAAGGGCAUGGGAUUUCUGUGUCUGGGUUCUAAUCCCAGGAUGAAAUUCUGUAAUUACGUACAUAUUUUAGAGGGGUAAUGCAAAAUAUUUAUGGCGGUUUCUUAUUGUCUGGAAAUUCAAUGAAAUCAAAUUUAUCACAGGUUGGUUUUUUUGCCCUAAUUACCCAAAGGAUCUUUUGCAAUCUAAGUUGCAUGGGUGUCUCUGUGUUUUUCUGUUGUUUUUUUACACACAAGAGGAAUGUUACCUAAAGCUUCAAGUCAUUUUUUUUUUUAACUAAAAGGCUGUAAUUGCAUUUUUGUUGGCAUAAAAUUAUGUGUUUGAGACGAGCUGGUUUUGUUGUAAAGAGGUAGCCGCUGCUAAAUAAUUGUGAAGCCAGAUAGAGAAUGUGCAUCAAAAAAAAGAGAAUAUGCAGGCAUUUUACAGAUACCUGUGGAACAUGUAAAUACCAGCAAGUGGAAAAGAAGUUAUAAUUUUGGUGAAUUUCAUGGGUUCUCCUGUGACUGGAAAAAUUAUAACUCUUCUGAUGCUAAUGUGGAAAUUGUUGUAUUUAAUCUGAAAAUGACUUAUACCUACAGUUCCAUUGUCAGCAGAGCCUGUGGUAGGUCAGGUUCCUGUGUUAGUCUUAGCUGAUGAGGCUAGAUAGCCCCUCAGGAGUUAGUAAUGAAAAUGCAGGCUUCUAUUCAAUUUUUCUUUAGUAUUUACAAUAAGAUUGUUACAAAAUGAAGUUAAACACUCCAGGUGUGUCUAUAAAAUGAAAAGUUAUACUUUUAUAAAAGAACAAACUAGGCUGAUCUAAAUGUUUUACUGUCAACUGUGAUCUUUAAAAUAAGUCCUACGUGAUUUUAAAAUUUGAUUUUUCAUGAAAAUGCCCCUUUCUCUAAAUGUAUUUGUCCUAUACGUCAGGCUAUAAGAUCGGAAAGCAUUGUUAAGACAAUUUGCUAGGAUUCUGUGACUGGAAAGGUGACAAGUUGGUGACUUUGACACUGCAGGUAUUAAUUCCAUUUUCAUGGUUUACUAUGAAAGUCAUUCUUCACAUUAUUCUGUAAUAUAUUGUUAGACUAAAAACAUUGUAUUAAAACUGUUUAAAAUGUAAGCAUUAUAAUUCUGAAAAUACACAUUUUAAGAAGAAA